AUGGUUAGUUCAAUUAUCUUGGAUAGUAAGUUUUGGGAGGAUUAUUUUACUACUGUUAUGCUUGUUGGUCCUCUAAUUAAGUUAUUGAGGCUUGUUGAUGCUGAUGAGAAACUUUCUCUGGGUAUCGUGUAUGCGGGCAUGCAAAGAGCCAAAAUUAAUAUCAAGACAAUGUUUAGAAAUAGGAAAUCUGCAUACACACCUUAUACAAGUAUCUUGAAAAUGCGGUGGGAUAAGCAUUUGAAGCGUGACCUCCAUGCAGCAGCAUACUUUUUGAAUCCAGAUUACUUCUAUAGUGAGGGGUUUGUUGAGAAGGCAAAUAUCUUGAGGUCUUUGCUUGAUUUAUUUGAUAUUGAAACUCUUUGCAAUGACUCGGUUGCCGCAAUGCAAGAGAUACAAUUAUAUCGAGAUCGAAAAGGAAGUUUUGGAAGGGAAAGUGCAUUGAAAGCAAUUAAUAGACUUGAACCUGGUGAAUGGUGGAGGCUACACGGUGGGAGUGCUCCUAACUUGCAAAAAAUAGCAAUUCGUCUUCUUCAUCAAACAUCUUCAUCAUCCGGCUGCGAGAGGAACUGGAGCCUCUUUGAACAAAUCCAUUCAAAGAGGAGGAACCGAUUAGAGCAUCAAAGACUAAGUGACAUUGUUUAUGUCACUUAUAAUCUACGCCUUCAAUCUAGAAUGCAUCGCAAGAAGAAGAAUUAUGAUCCAAUUGACAUUCAAAGCAUUGACACAGUAGAUUUUUGGGUAAUGCCGGAUGAAGAUGAUCGUGAAUUUACUAAUGGAGACAUCGAAGGCAUUGAAAAUUUAAUUUAUACGGAUAAUGCUAUGCCUUCAUAUCCUAAAGAUGGAAGAGAUGUGGAACUUGAUGUGGAUUUUCCUAAUGUUGCUGAUUCUUCAAAUACAGCUUCUUUUGGUGGUACUUCUGAUGAUGGUGGCUUUGGAUUACCUGUUUAUGAUAGAGAUGUUAGAACACUUAAUGAUAAUUAUGAUUUUUGA